AUGUUUGGCUUGACAAGAGUCAUCAGAGAAGUUUCAUUUCGUACAUCUGGUUCGUAUUCAUUUUUCUGUGCAUUGUCAUCAUCACAGUUACCUGAAGCGUUAAAAGCACGGAUUAAAGGGAUGAUCUCCUCCGCUCCGGUAAUAGUUUUUAUGAAAGGUACACAGCUCGAACCGAUGUGUGGCUUCAGCAAAAAUGUCAAACUGAUCUUAGACUUUCAUGAAAUUAAAUUCAAAGAUUAUAACGUACUUGACGACAAUGACUUAAGAGAAGGCAUCAAAGUAUACAGCGACUGGCCUACAAUACCUCAGGUAGGCUGA